GACUCGGUAACUAAGCGGAAGCUUAUGUUUUAGUUUGAAGGGGAGGCGGUAAAGCAUUAUGGACCGGCGGGUAGUAAGCAGUUUGUAUUAUGCAGUUAACUGUGCAUGUAAUUCCCUGCAUAAUUCCUGACUAUACCAAUAACACGGCAUUUGCAGGACUGAUCAGCAUUGCAUAAAAUGGGCACUAAAUCUGAGCAGCUGUUGAUUGUGGUUUCUAUCCUUGAAGGGCGGCACUUUCCUAAGCGUCAAAGGCAUUUGCUGAUUGUAGAAGCAAAGUUUGAUGGGGAGCAAUUGGCUACAGAUCCGGUGGAUCAUACAGACCAACCAGAGUUUGCUACAGAGCUUGCUUGGGAACUUGACAGGAAGGCUCUUCAUCAACACAGAUUGCAAAGAACACCGAUCAAGUUGCAAUGUUUUGCUGUAGACUCUGUUUCUUCAGCCAAGGAAUCUGUGGGAUACAUUGUUCUUGAUAUAAGAUCAGCUCAGGAAAAGAAACAGUCUCGAAGGUGGUAUCCAUUGUUAAGCAGCAAGUACACCAAAUUUAAACCAGAAGUUCUCAUCAGCAUUGUUUUGGAGAGUGAUACCAAGCCAUCUGUAGAUGCAUUUAAAGCAAGAGGAGCCCCACCAAGGGAAGGAAGAUUACAUUCAGCAAUUCCUGCACUGGAUCCAAAGAAUCUUUUAGCAGUUCUUAAUGAGGAAGAAGGCUACCAUCAAAUUGGACCAGCGGAGUACUGCUCUGACUUCUUUGUGCUAUCCGUGACCAUAGCAUUUGCUACACACUUGGAGCAGUUAAUUCCUAGCACAAUGAAACUUCCAGAAGAAAGGCCAGAGUUCUUCUUUUACUAUGCACUUUUGGGCAAUGAUGUCACCAGUGAACCGUUUACUGAUCUGAUCAGCCCAAACUUUGAACCAGAGAGAGCGUCAGUUAAGAUACGUAGUAGUGUUGAGGUACUCCGUGUGUACCUAGCUGGACAACCAGAUCUACAGAUUCACAUUUGCUGUGGAGACCAGUCACUUGGGAGUACAACAAUUCCAAUGAAAGGACUGCUUAAGAAGGAUAAUUUAGAAACUGACCCACCUACAGUUGAAGGGGCUUUCAUUCUUACUCCUCCCCACAGGACCAAGCAGAAACUUCCUCCUGUGCCUCUUGAGAUGGCUCCUACUCUUGGAGUAUCUGUGACUUUGAGGAAAGACGUCACUAGCUUACAGGUUUCAAGUCCCAAAAAAGAUCACCCAGAGCCAGUAAACAAGGGAGUAAUAUCUCCUCUUCCUCUAAAGCCUUCUAAUCAAGAGCAGAAGCCUAGAAGUCCUUCUGUAAGAAGUGCUUCUCCAACAUGUAGCCAUUCCCCUCCUACAAAAGAUCAGUCAACUGCCAGUGAAGUAGAAAGCCUUAAGGAUGAUAAGGAGGCUAAGGAAGUUCAAGAUGUUCCAGUUUCUUCCUCUCGGAAAGAACCUGCUGCUGUUCUUAGUGACACAGUCUCAACCUCUGCACCGAAGAUUGCCAUUCCAGCAGCAUCACAUCAUUUUUGUUUUGCACUUGAUUUAAGAAGCAUUCGAGAUCUAGAUGUUGGUUUUCCAGUCAACUGUUCAUUAAGGUACACAUAUCCAUUCUUUGGCAGUGCCGCUCCCAUUAUAACUAAUCCACCUGUUGAAGUCAGAAGAAAUAUGGAAGUAUUCCUCCCACAGUCAUACUGUGCUUUUGAUUUUGCAACCCCACCUCAUCAGCUGCAGGAAACCUUCUUCAGGUUGCCACUUUUAGUUGAAUUAUGGCAUCGCGACAAAAUGUCGAAAGAUCUGCUUUUAGGAGUAGCAAGGCUGCAGCUUUCAAACGUUCUUUCUUCAGACAGGACUCGCUUUUUAGGUCCGUCAGGUGACCAUUGCUGGAGGCAGUCCUACAGUGAAAGGAUUCCAGUUACAGCUUCCCAUGGGCCAGCCAACAAAAUUGCAGAACUUUGUUGUGCUAUGACCCUGGAAGAUUACGGACUCAUAAAAGUACAAGAAGUUGUUGUAUCAGAGUCUUCGCAGAGUAACGGUGCAGUGCAGAAACAGCCAGUGGCCCCAUCUCAACCUCCUUGCACCACCGCUCGUGAAGUAGAACCUCCACCUCGUGAAACUCUUGAAUAUAAAGCAGCAUUAGAACUUGAAAUGUGGAAAGAAAUGCAAGAGGACUUGUUUGAGAACCAGCUAAAACAGAAGGAGCUGUCUCACAUGCAAGCCCUGGCUGAGGAGUGGAAGAGAAGAGACAAAGAGAGGGAGGCACUGGUAAAGAAAAAGGUUUCUGAGUAUACUGUUUUGGAAGAACAGCUUCAAAAAACACUAGCAGACCUGGAGAAACGAGAGAGACAGCUGGCAAAUGCUGAGUUGGAGCUCCAUCGACAAAGGAAAGAGUUACAGACAGAUCAUGAGAGAGGCCUUCGGGAAGUGCAGGAUACAAUAAGACGAGUUAAGGAGGACUGUGCUCAUCAGCUAGAGUUAGAGAGGUCAAAAAUCAAACAAUUGGAGGAGGAGAAAGGCCGUAUGCAGCAACAGUGUCAUGAAGCUGAACACAAGUACAAGGUGCUGGAAAGAGAAUUUCAGCAGUACAAAGAACAGCAAAGCAGUAAACCAGAAAUACGUCUACAGUCUGAAAUUAAUCUCCUUACAUUAGAAAAGGUUGAACUUGAAAGAAAGUUGGAAUCUACCACAAAGUCCAAACUACAUUAUAAGCAACAGUGGGGACGAGCUCUGAAAGAAUUGGCAAGGUUAAAACAGCGUGAACAAGAGAAUGCAAUGGCUCGACUGAAGAAGCAGCAGCAGGAAUUGGAGCAUAUGAGGCUUCGUUAUUUGGCUGCAGAGGAAAAGGAAGUGGUAAAAACAGAUAGGGAAGAACUGGAGGAAAUUAGGAAUGAGCUCAACAGGCUGAAGCAACAAGAAAAUAAAAAGCAAGCACAAGAACCAAAAAAUAUGGCAAGUGGAGGAACACCCGGACAGUCAGAUCAACUCCUUAAUGAGAGUUUGGAUGAUUAUCUUACACGUUUGAUAGAGGAGAGAGACACUUUGCUAAGAACAGGAGUGUAUAGCCAUGAAGAUCGAAUUAUCAGUGAACUUGAUAGACAGAUUCGAGAAGCUAUGGCCAGGAGAAGCAACAAAUAAGUUAUACUUGUCAGAAUUAUGUUAUUUAUGAAACACAUAAGGAAGUCUUUCUCUACUAUAUUCCAUCCCUGUUUUAUUAAGCUGUUUCCCCUUGCAUAAUAGGUUGCUUUUUCCAUGCCAACUUACUUUUUAGAUAUUGUUUUAUAUGAUGUUUUUCUCAUGUCCUACAUAAGUAGUGCAACACAGGAUAUGUAUACCUAAUACUGAAAUUAAGACCAGAAUCUUGAAGACAGCUGCGCUGCUGCAUGAGUUGCACUUUACAGAGUUCGUGUACAUACUUUUAAAUUCUGAGUU